UAGCAGGGACACACGAAAGGAUGAACAGCUGUACCGGUACUUUGGCCAUGGCUGAGGAUGACUAGCGUUUGAUGCCCAAGGAAGGCUCAGCCUACGGUCAGCUGUCUGCAUAUGGUUUGGCGGUUCUGGGAGCACUAGGGGGCUCCUUUGCGGGGCUCUUGGUGAAGCUCUUCAAAUGGAUUUUGGAGUUGCUGCUGGACCUGGUGUGGUUCGAGCUGCCGCGGAUCCUGGAUUCUUGGGGCUGGAGCUCUGGCUCGCCCUUUGCGCUCUACCAUUUCACCUGGAUCUGGGGCGGGUUGAUGGGGGCGGUGGUGGGGGGGCUCCGCCACUUUCUGCCGCCUGAGUCCGUGCCCACCCUGGGGCUGUGGGUGCGCCAUCUUCACGGACCCAGGGGCACCGCACCCGCGGGGCUGUGGGUGGGCGCGGUGGCGGGCCUGGGCGUGGUGACGGUGCUGAGCGGUGCCGCGGUGGGCCCAGAGCCGCUGGUGGUGAUUGGCCCCAGCGUGCUUUUCGCAGCUGUGGUGGAGAGGUGGGGUCACAAGGCGCUGCCCUUGUUGGCGGAAACGCCGGCCCGGGAAGGCGAGGGCGCGCAAUUGCGGCAGGUGGUGCGGGUGGCAGCUCUGGCGGGCGGGGCCGGUGGUCUGGCGGCCUUCUUUGGACUGCCCCUGGCCAGCGCCUUUAUGGUGCUGGAGGUGCCGCACGUGGACGGCGCUGAGUUCGCCCUAGAGGCGCUGCCGGCCUGCGUGGUGGCCAGUCUCAUGGGCACGCUGCUGGGGGACUGCGUGUGGCACCCCAAGCAACUGCUGGGGAACAGCCGCUUUUGGUUCCCGGGCAGCCCGUCGCUCUCGGAGGAAUCGGCUAUUCAUCAGCGUGCCUUCGGCCUCCAGGCUGUGCUCUUCGCCCCCUGUGCUGGGAUGGUGGGAGGCUGUGCGGCGCAUCUCCUCAUCGGCUGCAUCAAGGCGCUGCACAUCGUCCUCCACCGCUUCCUUGGUCCCCAGACAAGGGGCCAAUUGGCCGCGCGGCGCGCUGCGUUGCUUGCGACGGUGGGGGCCGUGAAUGCCGCGCUGGGCCUGGUGUACCCCUCAGCGCUGUUCUGGGGCGAGGAGCAGCUGCAGGUGGCCCUGACGCGGGGCUGCGACGGGAUGGCCCCCAGCUGCCAGCCUGUGGAGCUGCCCCACUGGUACGUUGGGCUGCAGUCUGACUUCGCGAUCCGAGCCAGCAAGGGGCAACCCAUGACGGCCUGGCAGAUGGUCGGGUUGGGUGUGGUGAAGAUUGUCAUGAUCAGCCUCUGUGAGGCCGCCGGCUUUGUUGGAGGCACUAUCUACCCAGUGAUUUUCGUUGCUGCGUGCUUUGGCUCUGCAUUGGGCUCCACCGCCAUGGUUCAAUCUUGGGGCGGCCAGUUUGUCUACCUCAGCACAGCCGCUGCAAUGUCUACAGCCCUGGCUGCAUUGUUGAACACCAACCUUUUUGGGAUCCUCUUGGUUUUGGUACUUCAGGCCAACAUCCCAGACGGAAAUGUCAGCUCACAGAUCAUCGCCCUCAUGACCGCCGUUUACACGCAUUAUUUUCUGACCAGAACUACCGUGGUGCCCUACCUUCACCUCCUUGUAUCUCAAAAGGCACGCGACGACGUCCGGUACGUGCCUUAUGAGGCCUCUAGCGGGGGGAGCGAGAACUCGGACGCGGAACUCUCCGCGGGUGACUCAACGGACUCGGACUCCGAACAGAUGUCGUCGCUGUGACUCCCGGAGUGAACUUCUGGUGCCCAUUUCCAGGGCUGCUUCGUUUGGCCGCGAAACUGCCGGAGGUGUGCGCGGCGCUUGGGAAAGUGAGAGAACAUCCUCAUCCCGCCUCGGAACGGUGCGAAUUCGGGCUUCGCAUGCCAUCUUGCUGUGCAAGGGUGGCAUGCGGCCGAUGUUCGAAGUGCGUCCUGGCAAAGAAGCUCCAAGGCCACCAAUCGAGCGGAAGCACAUCUUCGCAUUGUAAAGGGACCUGCGGCG